UUCCGAGCCGCUUGUUUCCCGCCCUCAUCGCUGUAUCUUCUACAUUCUUUCGCACUUAGUAUCAAAGGCACUUUGUAUCCAGUUACGCCUAGUACCAGUGAGCAGUCAGCAUCUAUAUCGGGGUAAUUACGAGAUUAUUAGUAACGCAAUUAUUUUAUGUUUAUGUUCCUCAAAAGCAGAAGGGAGGAAAGGAGCCCGUCACUUUGUUCCCGUCAUCAGUAACAUCAGUAAACAGCAGAAAUGGCAGAAGCCCAUCAGGCCGUGGCGUUUCAGUUCACGAUCACUCCAGAGGGGAUCGACCUGCAGCUGUCCCAUGAGGCCCUGAAACAGGUCUAUCUGUCAGGCUUCCGCUCCUGGAAGAAACGCGUCACACGGCUGAAGAACAGUGUGAUCACUGGUGUGUAUCCCGCCAGCCCGUCCUCAUGGCUGUUUGUUGUCAUUGCGAUCCUGGCCACCAUGUACACGCGCUCGGACCCUUCCAUGGGCCUCAUCGCUAAGAUCCAAGAACAUCUGCCUGUCAGCGAUUCUCUGAGCAUUCAGUGUCGGACGGUGGUUUCUGCCGUGUUGUUCAGCACUCUGCUCUGGUUCUCCCUGAUCUUCACCAUGAGGCUCUGCUUAAAGCAGUUACUGUCCUAUCACGGCUGGAUGUUUGAACAACAUGGGAAGGUGUCUAACACCACCAAAAUCUGGGCGGCUAUGGUCCGGAUCUUCUCAGGCAGGCAGCCUCUGUUGUACAGCUACCAGGGCUCUUUGCCCAACCUGCCUGUCCCAGCAGUCAAGGACACUGUUGAUAGGUACCUGGAAUCUGCACGUCCGUUGAUGAGCGAUUCAGAAUACGAGAGGAUCACGACUCUGGCCAAGGAGUUCGAGAGCAGUCUGGGGAACCGCCUGCAGUGGUACCUCAAACUGAAAGCCAUGUGGGCCUCCAACUAUGUCAGUGAUUGGUGGGAGGAGUACAUCUAUCUGAGGGGGCGUAGCCCAAUCAUGGUCAAUAGCAACUACUAUGGAAUGGACUUCCUGUACGUGACACCUACACCGAUCCAAGCAGCGAGAGCAGGAAACACGCUGCAUGCAUGUCUCUUGUACCGCAGGAAACUCAACAGAGAGGAAAUCAAACCUAGUCGUGUUCCAGGUUUAAAUAUUCCUUUGUGUGCUGCUCAGUGUGAGAGGAUUUUCAACACCACACGCAUUCCUGGAGAAGAGACAGAUUGCCUGACUCACUGGCAGGACAGUGAGUAUGUCGCGGUCUUCCACCGAGGGCGUUUUUUCCGCCUGUGGCUGUAUCAUGCUGGCCGCAUGCUGUCUCCCAGAGAGAUCGAGCACCAGGUUCAGCGUAUCCUUGACGACCCGUCACCCCCAGCGCCCGGAGAGGCCAAACUGGCAGCGCUUACAGCAGGGGACAGAAUCCCUUGGGCCCAGGCUAGGAAGGAGUUCUUCAGCUCAGGCGUGAAUAAGAGAUCUCUGGACUGCAUUGAGAAAGCGGCAUUCUUCGUUGCCCUGGAUGACGAUGAGCAAGGCAUGAUGGGAGAUGAUCCUGCUGGCAAUUUGGAUCGGUACGCCAAGUCCCUGCUGCACGGCAAGUGCUACGACAGGUGGUUUGAUAAGUCAUUCACAGUGGUGGUAUAUAAGAAUGGAAAGAACGGACUCAAUGCUGAACACUCCUGGGCAGACGCACCUAUAAUGGCUCAUGUGUGGGAGUAUGUGAUGACUACCGAUUGUUUCCAGCUGGGUUAUAAUGAAGAAGGUCACUGUAAAGGAGAUAUCGCCUCCUCCCUGCCUCAACCUACUAGACUAACCUGGGACAUACCUGUUCAGUGUCAGGAGCGUGUGGAACAGUCUCUCACUGUGGCACAGGCCCUCGCCGACGACAUCGACUUCCAUGUGUUCCCAAUACAAGAGUUUGGCAAGGGCGCCAUCAAAAAGUGUAAAAUCAGUCCAGAUGCCUUCAUUCAGAUUGCGCUACAGUUGGCCUAUUAUAGGAAUCGAGGUACGUUCUCCCUAACCUACGAAGCGUCUAUGACCCGUUUGUUCCGUGAGGGCCGGACUGAGACGGUGCGUUCCUGCACCAGUGAGAGCUGCGCUUUCGUCAGAGCACUGGAGGGUGGAGAGAGUAAGGAGGUGUGUCGACGUCUCUUCCGUACGGCGUCUGAGAAACACCAGCAUCUGUACAGGAUGGCUAUGACGGGAGGAGGGAUAGACCGACACCUGUUCUGCCUCUACAUUGUGUCCAAAUACCUGGGAGAGGAGUCGCCCUUCCUCAAAGAGGUCCUUUCAGAAACGUGGCGUCUGUCCACCAGUCAGACUCCACUGCAGCAGGUGGAGCUGUUUGAUUUCGUUAACCACCCAGACUACACCACCUGUGGUGGAGGAUUUGGCCCGGUCGCAGAUGAUGGUUAUGGCGUGUCUUACAUCAUCAUCGGAGAAAACAUGAUCAACUUCCAUAUUUCCAGCAAACACUCCUGCCCUCAGACUGAUUCUCACAAGUUUGGCGCUUAUAUCAAGAAGGCCUUGGUGGAUCUCCUGGAGUUGCUGUCACCGGAGAAGCCCGACCUGUCCAAAGCUGAGCAGAACCACUCAAAGAGCCCUCAGAGCAAAAAAGACCUGUAGAGGUAGAAGAGAUUGCCCAUGACGGUCUAAAGAAGACAUGAGGCCACAUAGAACUAGGAAAUAGUGCGUGUGAGUGAGUGUGUGCGUGUUCGUUUGAAUGCACGUUUGUUAUUACUUACAAAAAUGCAUUCAUACAUUCCAUGCUUGUUGUAAUCGAUGCCAUGAAGCCAUGAAUAACAUAAUAAUGUAAAAAUGGUGGAAGCUGCUUCUUCAGAAACCGUAUUAGUACAAAAUAAAAUGUAUGAAAGAGGACUGAAAGCGAAAGGUAGUGUGGUAGAGGAAAACCUUCUAUGUUUUCCAGUAGACCAACGUUUAGAUUUAAAUGAGGUCCUCACUUUUAAUUGUAAUGAAGAAUCAAAAAUUGUUAGUGUACAUUAUCUCCAGAUGAUGGGAAUCUAAUGGUAAAUGAUCUGACCAGUUAGUGUAAUGGUUGUAGGUUCAUUCGGAGUAAGGAUGACACGUGACAGGUAACGCAUCACCUCUGUACCUUCUGAUGAAGGCACUUCACUGCUCUCACAGUACAGUAAAUCACAUCGACUGUAAAUAGAAACUCUCCAUCUGAACAGGUUAUGUUAAGGUGUAAGACUUGAUCUUGGACUAAAAUCCAGUGUCGUUUUACUUGAAUCUCAGAGCAGAAGUAUAUUUACGAUUUUAGUGACUAAUGACUCAGAAUAUUACAUGUGACUGCAGUUUUAAUGUGAUUGUCCAGAUACUUUGAUCUCACUAUUAAGUCUAUUAAUUUUAACUGUUUUUUUUUUUUAAUUUAAAAGUACGUUUUUUUUUUUUUGUUUUCUUUUUUUUUUUUCUACACAAGGUCAAUUUAUGAUAAAACAAUUUAAUAACUAUUCACAAUGUAUUUAGCAAGUUUGAGAAUGUCUAAUAGGUAUAGCGAUGCCAGAGGAGGAAAUAUUUACUCCACAACACAUUUCUGUUAAUAUCUCAGGUGUUUCGAAUGCACAAUUUAACUUAGAAGAUUAAUCACGGCCAGUUAAUUGUAGUUAAUUCCUGUUUACUUGUACCCAAACAGACAUCUCCUUAAAGGGAUAGUUCGCCAAAAAUGAAAAAAUUGUCAUCAAUUACACCUUCAUGUCGUUUCUAAACCUGUAAGACUUUCGUUCAUCUUCGAAACACAAAUGAAGAUAUUUUUAAUGAACUCUUGAGAGCUUUCUCUCCCGUUGACAGUCUACGAAACUAACACUUUGACGCUUCAAAAUAUUCAUAAAGAGAUCGUCAAACUAAUCCAUAUGAAUUUUAUUCACAUAUAAACAUUGAUCAGCGAACAUAAACAGAAGCUCAACCGAACCUGAUUGAUGAGCAAGAACAAACCUCAUUGGUUCUUGCAGAAGCUUAAAUGUGAUGCGUAACACGGGGGAAUGAAUCUCAUUGGUUCUCGCAUAUUAUGCGAACACGCUUGAGCUUCUGUUUAUCAUAACUGAUGUGUGAGUUGAUGAAUGUUUAUGUGAAUAAAAGCCUAAAUUAAAUCUGUUCUUCAUAUAAAGUGAUUGCGUCUCUUCAGAAAAUUUGGACUAAACCACUCAAUUCAUAUGGAUUAUAUUUACGAUCUCUUUAUGAACUUUUUGAAGCGUAGUAGCGUAGCUGUCAAUGGAGGAACAGAAAUUGCUCAUAUUUUAUUUAAAAUAUCUUCAUUUGUGUUCUGAAGAUGAACGAAAGUCUUACAGGUUUAGAAACGACAUGAGGGUGAGUAAAUGAUGACAGAAUUUUUCAUUUUUGGGUGAACUAUCCCUUUAAGAGACCUAGAUGCUAAGUAUAUAAUGAAAAAUCUGAUAGGAUUUAAAUUUUAAACAAUGUUGUAAUCAAUUUAUAUGGUUAACCAUAUUCUAAUGAACUAAUUAAAUUGCAAGAAUGCUUUCAAAGCUAAAAUAAUAAACUCUUUAAAAACAUUCCAAUGUAACUUCUGUUUGCAAAAAAAGUAGAAAACUUAAGUGUUUUUAAAUUAUUAGCGGAGAAAAAAAAUUGAUUUAAUCUGUUAUAAUAAUAUGCAUAAAUAGACUAGAGUUAGAAUGUGAUGACAUAUUACUUUAAUUAUACUAAAAUAACUCAUAUGAUUAAACACAAUUGUUGCAUUGAACAUACAACACCAAAAACUGUUUUUGUGAAGGUGGUGACUGGUUUCACAGGUAAAGAAAAGAGAUAUGCUCAUCAACAUCAAACAUUUACAAUCAAUACACAGUCUGCAUUAAUGCUGUAUUUCACUAUAUGUUGUUGCUGUCGGCCCUUUGCUUCACUUAGCCGGACUGAGAGCAAGGGCUUGUACACUUCAUGUUAGUUUUCAAUUUUCUCUUUGCAGUCUGUUGGCAGCUGUACUCUUUAUCAUCUCUGUUACACCCUCAUAUUUGGCAGAUAUAAAGUUGCCUUUUAGUGCACGAGAUCUCGUUUGCACAACUCCUGGAUAUUGUCAUUUUGAAAGUAAUGGUAUAUUAUAAAAAUGUCCGUUCUGUUCUCUCUAACACUGCUUACACUAUAUCUCACUAGAAUUUAAACCUUACUGGAGGAUUUUAUAAUGGUUGUUGUUAUAUUAUUAUUGUCACUAUUCUAAUAAUUAACUUGAAACUGAAAACAGUAGCAAUGCAAGCGUUGUGUAGUGCUGAUGUUAGUGUGGAGCGGCAGUGUUUUACCUCAUCUGUCUUAUGAAUGUUGAAUCAUCAGCGAUCGAUCUCUCCUCUGUCCCGGGCCAGUACUGUAUUCUCUAUCUGCUUGACUUCUUCUCUGAUUUUCUUUGAUCUGUUCAACACAGAGCUUUACACUUUCUCUCUUACUCUGGCAAUCUGUCGUUCCUUUACAUUUUGUAUGUGAAUGAAAAGGAAGAGACAACAUGUCACUUUUUUAAUUAAACUUGUUCCAGCACAA